UCAACUUUAUGAGCAACAAUGUAUUUGUGAAACGUUUAUACUUCUCUUCAUCGCAGAUCAGAAUGGAGAAUGUCUCUUUAUUAUGGCACUCAUCGAAUGAUGUCGAAUACGAUAUCAGCGUCUCCGGUUGGCAAAGUCAUAAUGAAACCAUGGAUGAGAGGGUGCACGACGAAAAGAUAUACAAGGCUAUUCUGGUCUGGACUAUUACCAUAAUGUUUACCGGGAUCCUUGGAAACGUACUCGUUAUAUCGGCAGUCUUGUUGCAUCGAAACUUACGUAAGAUCGAAAAUGUGUUUAUCGUGAAUUUAGCUGUGGCUGACAUGGGUGUAUCCCUGAUAGUGAAUACGUUCUGCAUCGUUGGUAUCGUAACCAAGGCUGAAUUCUUCAUCGGCAAAGACUGGUUGUGUGAAGCCAUAGGAGUUAUCUGCAUCACAUGCUGUGCCUGUUCUAUGUGGAGCAUUGCUGCAAUUGGUGUCAACCGUUAUGUCAUAAUAUGCCACUGGGCCAGGUAUAACAGCAUCUACAACCGCCGGACAGUACCUUUCAUGCUUUUAGCGGUAUGGUCCAUCUCUUUCUUCAUUGAUCUGCCAAACAUGGUAGGAUGGGGUGAUCAUCGUUUUGACUGGAAAACCAUGGUUUGCACUGCGGAUAUGGCCAUUGACUAUUCCUACACCAUUUAUUUCUCCUGCAUGGGCUUUGGGGUUCCACUCUGUUUUAUCAUCUACAGCUAUGUUCGUAUUUACUACCAUGCCUGGAAAUCCUCAGCUAGACUUAACAGGGUUGCUAAAGAAGACGGUUUAUCCAACAGACAUACCAACGAUAUGAGGCUUGCUAGAUCGUUACUGUGCAUCGUCAUCUUCUUCAUCGCAAUGUGGGCGCCGUAUUCUCUGACCGUGAUCAUUGACCGCCACUCCGUCGCACACAGGUACAUCUACAUAUUCACAGCCCUACUGGCACACACAAACAGUAGUAUUAAUUGCCUCCUCUAUGGUGCAACCAAUCGUAAUUUUCGCCAAGGUUAUAUGUAUUUCUUCAGGUUUAUCUUAUGUCGGGAUGUUGAAUUUUCUGCCAUGGUUUGUACGAAUAGUUUAGCUGCAUCACAGAGAACAAUCAAUUUAGAAGACCAGCUUUAGAUACUGACAUUUUGUCGAUGAUCCUGAAAGCUACGCCUCCCCCCUCCCCCCGAGAAUUUUGAAAUAACAAAUAUUCAGGUAGCUGUCACUUUAUUUGAGCAGCCCCUAGACACGUGCAUGAAGCGGAACGGUUUAUUCGUGAUUUUCAUAUUUUUAUCUGGUAGUUUUUUAACGAAAUAAAUACAUUUACAUUGUAAGAGAACGUUAUGCAGGC